AUGUCCGAAGAGUGGAAAAAACGGUGUGAAAACCAUGUAGAUGAACACAAAAGCUUGAAACAUUUACAUAUAACGGAUCACCAGGGAACUCCCUACGGCUCAUCUAGUCCUGAUUUCCAACUAUCUCCCGAGUUUGUGCUUCAGCUCAAAUCAUUACUUACUGAUGACAAAGACACCUCUUUUACGUUCAUGAAUGAAAAGUACAUCAUCAUAAGACGCGAUCCGACUAGUUUUAUCAGCAGAUGUCUCAAGAAGUCAAUUUUAUUCCAUAUCACACCAAAACUUUGCUUGGUUGGACAGACUGUCGACGAUAUUCUAAAUAAUUGCAAUCCAGGAAACCAUGCAAUGAGCUGUAUUUGCGAUUAUUACAAGAAAUAUAAUUACUAA